AAAUGCUGAACUCGAGCAAAUGGAGCAGCAUAUGGGGUUUGCAGUUAUUCUCACUUGCAUUUUAUCAGUGAUAGUUUUGCUUGUAUUAGGAAGACAAGUAAUAUGGAGAACGGAUAACAAGAAGAAACGGUUGCCCCCUGGAUCAAUUGGAUGGCCCAUUAUUGGUGAGAGUAUCAGUUUUUUUAGAUCUAUCAAUUCUCCAUAUCAAGAAAAUCGUCGAAAGUUCACUGAUGAACAUGAAAGCAGGUAUGGGCCGAUCUUCAGAUGCAGUUUGUUUGGAAAACCGAAGACAAUUGUAUCAGUCGAUCCAGAGUUCAGUAAAUACGUUCUGCAAAAUGAGGGAAGAUUUUUUCAGGCCAAAUACCCGAGCUCUACAGUAAAACUUAUAGGCAAAUAUGGUCUGCUAGAUGUCCAUGGAGAGCUACAGAGAAAACUCCAUGGAACUGCUGUGAAUUUGUUGAAGCACGAGAAUCUGGAGUCUGAUUUCAUGGAAGACAUACAGCAUGUGUUUAUCACUGGCAUGAAAAAAUGGGAAAAACAGAGAGACAUCCCUAUUCAGCACAAGUGCCAUCAGCUUGUUCUGAACUUAAUGGGGAAAAAGUUGCUGGAUUUACCCCCUGCUGAGGAAUUGGAAGAUAUAUAUAAAGCUUUUGAUGAAUACAUUGGAGCUGUCCUCUGCUUACCCCUCAAUAUUCCUGGAACUGCUUUUGCCAGGGGAUUUAAGGCAAGGAAAACUUUGAUAAAAAAGAUUUACGAGUGUAUAGAGGACAGAAGACAACAUCCAGAAGUGAACCAUAACGAUCUCUUAACGAAGCUUUUGAGAGAAGGCAUCUAUUCAGACGAGAUCAUUGCAGAUCUUAUAUUGUUUUUGCUCUUUGCGGGGUUCGAAACUUCGUCGACUACCAUGGCAUUUGCUGUGAAGUUUCUCACUGAGAAUCCGCAGGCAUUGAAGGAGAUUACGGAAGAGCAUGAUGCUAUCUUAAAGUCUAAAGGUAAAGAUGAUCAAACGUUAACGUGGGAUGAUUAUAUGUCAAUGAAAUUCACUCAAUGCGUUAUAAAGGAAACACUUCGUAUGGUUAGUGCUGCUCCGUGUGUUUUCAGAGAACCAAAAGAAGACAUUGAAUACAAAGAUUUUCUUAUUCCAAAAGGAUGGAUAGUGUUUGUGUUCUUAAGUGGCCAACAUUUGGAUGAGAAGUAUCAUUUUGAAGCUCACAAGUUCAACCCAUGGCGUUGGCAAAACGAGGGCCAUGAGAUUUCUCAAAAUCCUUGGUAUAUGCCAUUCGGUAAAGGUGGUAGACUUUGCCCAGGAUAUCAUUUGGCUCGAUUUGAAAUUGCUCUCUUCCUUCACAACUUAGUCACUAAGUUCAGGUGGGAGCCGCUAGAAGCUUCUAGUGCCAUAUACUUUCCUCUUCCUAGUAUGGCAAAGGGAUAUCCAAUCCGUCUGCAUUCUCGAUUACAAGAAUGAGGAGAGCUCAAUAUAAUUCUCCAAAAUUUUUAUUAUCUUGUAAAAUGUUGAAUUUUUUAAAACUACAACAAUUACAUAAAUAAGACAAUAUUAGUUAAUGUUUUUUUUUUUUAAAA